GUGGCGUCUGUCGGUAAGUUUGUGUACGUGUGCACAAAGGGAGAGAUAUUCAGUCCUGAGUGAAUGGCCAUCAUUAUCUGUACUGUCCCACUGUGACUGGAUGAACUUUGGAUUUUCAAUGUCAGAGACUGGGAAGAUGAUGCUCCCCUCUCUUCUUGGGAUCUUGUGCUUGAUCUCUUCAGUUUUUUGUGUGAGGCAGCCAGCUGAUGAUUACUGGGGUGAGUAUGGGCCGUAUGGAGCCUGCAGCCGCACCUGUGGCACCGGAGUAGCCGUGAAAACUAGGGUCUGCAACACCAUAAGGAUGGAUGGUGGACACAAUUGCGUGGGGCCAUCCAAAUCCUACAAACUCUGUAACACACAAGAAUGCCCUGAUGGACCCAGAGAUUUCCGUGAAGAACAGUGUUCUCAGUUUGACCGCAUUGAAUUCCAGGGAAAGCGUUACACCUGGCUGCCAUAUUAUGGAGCUUCAAACCCAUGUGAGCUGGUGUGUGUGCCCAGAGGAGAGAACUUCUACUAUCGUCACCGACCCACUGUGGUGGAUGGCACCCCAUGCUACGUGGGCCGUAGAGACGUCUGUGUGGAGGGUGUCUGCAGAGCGGUAAGCCAUGAGGAGAUUGUGGAAGUUGAAGAUCACUCUUUUCCUGUCUCGCCCAGACAUGGUCCUAGGGCAGCUUCCCAUAUAAUAGAUACUUUCCGGUACACAUAUGACUCCUAUUCAGAGUGUUCAGUUCACUGUGGUGGAGGCAUGCAGAGCCGUACUGUGCAUUGUAUUAAUGAGAGAACAUCAGCAGCCGUAGAUGAAUCCCACUGCAUGGCACAAGGCCUCAGGAGACCAACUUCCCAGCUAGCCUGCAACCAGCACCCCUGUGCCGAGUACAGUGUCGGUCCCUUUGGCGAUUGUUCAGUGACAUGUGGUGAGGGACAUCAGACACGAGAGGUGUUCUGUGUCGGGGGCAGAGGGGAGCACAUUCCUGAGCACCACUGUAGUGGUCUCUCACGCCCACAUGAUGUCAGAUCCUGUCAGAGACCAGCUUGCCACCAAGUCUUUAAAUACUACACUGGGGACUUUAGCCUGUGUACCCAUAGCUGUGGAACUGGCACUCGGGAGCGCAAGGUGGUGUGCAUGGAUUUGGAUCACAAUCAAUAUGGAGAUGAAAGAUGCGCUUAUCUUAGCAGACCUCAUGCUGUGGAGAACUGCAACACACAGCCCUGCCCCGGCGCACAGAUGGUGCCCAGCGUGCAGGACCCCAGUGGUUAUGAGAGCUCCUUGCGUGGAUUUGUACCUCAUACCCAUGAUGCGCACUCAGUUCAUAGACCAAGCGAUCCAUACCCUCCUGUGUCUGGCCCAAAUUGUGCCCAGUCAUAUUAUGGCUGCUGCCCUGAUGGCCAUACUGCAGCCUCUGGCCCUCAAGGAGAAGGCUGUGCUCGGGAAGAUUGUUACAGGAUGAGAUAUGGCUGCUGUCUGGAUGGAGUAACAGCUGCACAAGGUUUUGGAAGAGCAGGAUGUCCUGAUUCCAUCUAUAGGGAUUAUAGCCCAGUCCGUCAGUCCUCUGCUAGUGCAUGCUCUUUGGCACAAGAUGUUGGGUCCUGCUAUGAAUGGACAUCUCGUUUCUACUUUGAUUCUUCCUCUGGAUCCUGCUCACAGUUCUGGUAUGGUGGUUGCCAAGGCAAUGGCAAUAACUUUGUAACCAAGGAGGAAUGUGAGCAGACAUGCAAGGGUGCUGCCAGAGGCUUUGCCCCAAGGGAGCCAACAUCCAGGAGAGGGGUCAAUGGGGUCAGAGGGUAUAGACUGAGGUCACGUGCACGUGCAUGAGUGGUAUAAAAGAAGGGUUACUGAAAUCCCAAUAAUAAACACACAAAUCCAACUUGCAUACAUGUACUCAGCUAAAAUAUACAGUACAUGACAAAACGGUUAUGUAUUUAAAGGUUCACUCAGUAAUUUUUAUGUAGUGCUGACUAAUAUGACAGUUGUCUUGGGUUUUACUAAUGCUUAUUGGCAUGGAUGCAGCAAAAUCACAAAGACAAAAGUUUUCACUAACAGAUACCAUUGCAGUAAUGCCUAUUUGCAGUCUGCCAUGAUUAAUCUGUUCUGUGAGAAAAAGUGUUCAAUAACAGCGAGGUUUCCGAGAUGAAAUGAGUAGGACUCGUCUGGUUAUUUGGUGUUAAUGUUUAAGCCCUUAUGAGGUGACCAACUCCAUGUAGAUUAAAACAGCUUUUUUAGGCUACUGAUAUGACUGGAGUCUUCCUCUCAUUUAAGUGCAAAUGAUUUCAAACAUAUUUUCAAAAACUACUAUGUCUUUCUUUGUGUAAAACUUUUUAAUAAGGAAAAAAUUACUGAGUGAACCUUUAAGCUUUUUAUUUUCAGUUCUGAGAAACACUUAUUUAUAGUACUAGUCAAACCUAACAGCAUCAGAACAGCAAAUACAUUUGAACAAUUUCAUGAAAAUACACAUUUACUGAUUAUUUAGAAUUAAGCAAAAAGAAAAUGCUGGAAUGUUAUAUCCUUCCAGUCACUAUGCUUUUUGAUUCAUAUGUUGUCAGUGUACUUUAACUUUAUUCUUGCUAUUGCCAUUAAAGUGUGAAUACAAACCAUGAACAUUGACUGUGGAUGAUUUCACUUGAAGGGCACUCGCAGUGCAUG